AUGAUAGGCUCCGUUGUACGAGGCUCGAGAUGCGCUUUUCAAAAGGUGUCGCCAAUCCCAAGGCUCAGCCGGGCUAGGUCAUGUCAUGUCAGGCGGCUUGCGACUGCAGCUGCAAGCGGAGAUGGGUCUGAUCUUCCGCUAGCUGGCAUCAAAGUGCUGGAUAUGACAAGAGUUCUUGCUGGUCCGUACUGUACACAAAUUUUGGGAGAUCUUGGAGCCGACGUGAUCAAAAUUGAACAUCCUACCAGAGGAGAUGACACUCGUGCAUGGGGACCACCCUACGCUAAGUACACCGACGAACAAGAGGGACCAGGCGAAAGUGCAUACUACUUAGGGGUCAAUCGAAACAAACGAUCCAUGGGACUGUCGUUUCAGCAUCCUGCUGGCGUAGACAUCCUCCAUCGCCUUGUCAAAGAAUGUGAUGUGCUCGUCGAGAACUAUCUUCCUGGAUCCCUCGCAAAGUAUGCCAUGGAUUACGAUACCGUUUCAAAGAUCAACCCGGAUAUAGUUUACGCCAGUAUCACGGGCUAUGGCCAGACUGGGCCGUAUAGGAAUAGGGCUGGUUACGACGUCAUGGUAGAAGCCGAAAUGGGCCUCAUGCACAUAACCGGAACUCGUGACGGCCCGCCCGUAAAGGUAGGCGUUGCAGUAACCGACUUGACAACCGGCCUCUACACGUCCAACUCUAUCAUCGCGGCACUUUUCCGGCGCUUCAGAAGCCCUGGAUCCGGUGGUCAGCACAUUGACGUCGCCCUUUCGGACUGUCAAGUGGCCACCCUGGCCAACAUUGCUAGCUCUUGUCUGAUCAGUGGUCAGCGCGAUUCUGGUCGCUGGGGGACCUCCCACCCGUCGAUUGUGCCCUACAAGGCAUUCAAGACAGCCGAUGGUGACAUUCUGCUUGGCGGAGGCAACGACAAGCUGUAUGGAACACUGUGCACUAGGCUGGGUAAACCUGAGUGGAUUACAGAUGAGAAGUUCAAGACGAAUGCAUUAAGAGUACAGCAUAGAGAUGAGCUGGAGGAGUUGAUCGAAGCGGAAACGCGAAAUAAAACCACCCAGGAGUUGCUAGAUAUCUUUGAGGGAAGCGGAAUGCCCUAUGCUGCCAUCAACGAUGUUCAAGAUACGCUGAAUCACGAGCACGUGCUUGCGCGUAACAUGGUCAAAGAGAUCGAGCACCCAGCAUGCGGGCCUAUCAAGCUGGUAAACACGCCGGUGAAAUGGUCGCAGUCUACUCCAGGAAUCCGGCUGCCACCACCGUUGCUGGGCCAGCAUACUGAUGAGAUUCUGAGUGAUACGCUAGGAAUGAGCAAAGAGGAUGUGGAGGCCUUGCGGAGCGAGGGGGUUGUUGCGUAUUCGCUCUUCAAUGUCUUUUUGCGCCUGCGCCCCUCCAACGCUACAAAUGCCCGCUUCCUCACCGUUGAGGAAAACGACAAAGGCCAUCCAACACAUAUCACGAUACAGCCGCCUACAAACACAAACGACAAGCGCAAGCGAGCCGUGGAGCGUUUUGCCUUCACCCAAGUCUUCGAGGAAGAUGCGCAGCAAAUGCAUCUGUUCAAGGGCACGGGCAUCGUCCAGAUGAUUGAGGGCGUCAUGGGCGCACCAGGCCACCAUGGACGAGAUGGACUGUUUGCAACGCUAGGCUGCAGUGGCUCUGGAAAGAGCCAUACAAUUCUUGGAACCAAAACCCAGCGUGGUUUGGUUCAGAUGACGCUUGAUACUGUCUAUCAAGCCUGUGACGGGCGACUCGUACAAUCUUUCUAUGGGGCCCCAGCCUUCUCGUCACUAGCAGCAGCCGAUGUCUCAGAUUCUCAGAUGUACACCGCAACCGCAUACUUGGAUACAGUAUAUGGAGACAACCAAUCUGAACGAUUUCCUUCAAGAGCGCAAACUCCCAUGCAGGACUGUAGUAUAUUCUCCACGGGUAGUAACUGGAAAUCAAAUAAGAUCCCGCGGCCAUCGUUGCUGCCUCAGACCCCUUCUGUUGACGAUAUUCACCUUCCCGAAGACCCGACCGUAGAAUACGCAAUCAUCAUGUCCAUGUACGAAGUAUAUAACGACCGUAUUUUUGACCUUUUGAGUGGCAGCGCCUCAAAAAACAAGAGCCACAGUGUGAAGCGUAGGGCACUGCUCUUCAAGAACACUGAGCAGAGCCCGGAUCGCAAAGUCGUUGCCGGCCUUACCAAGAUUAUCUGUGGCAGCUAUGAGGAGGCGAUGAUGAUUCUUGAGACUGGUCUCAUGGAGCGCAAGGUCACUGGCACCGGAAGCAACGCUGUGAGCUCGCGUAGCCACGGCUUUUUCAACAUUGAGAUCAAGAAGCGAAACGCGGAAAACAAAGGCCCUUGGUCUAGCAGUAAUCUCACCAUUGUUGACUUGGCAGGAUCCGAGCGUGCUCGGAAUGCUAAGACUGCAGGUGAGACGCUUGCUGAGGCCGGUAAGAUCAACGAGUCUCUUAUGUAUCUUGGUCAGUGCAUGCAGAUGCAGUCGGACAAUGCCGGUGGCUCAAAGAACAUUGUUCCGUUCCGUCAGUGCAAGCUUACUGAACUUCUCUUCUCAAAUUCGUAUCCUUCUUCCUCACGAACAGCGCAACAACAUCGGUCACCUCAAAAGUCCAUCAUGGUCGUCACAGCAGACCCGAAGAGUGACUAUAACGCGACAUCCCAAAUCCUCCGCUACUCCGCCCUUGCACGAGAGGUGACUGUACCGCGAAUCCCGUCCACAACAGAGACGAUUCUCGCAAGUUUACCACAAAAGCGCCCUGGCACAUCAUCUUCUGCUCGCACAGCGUCAUCCGGCCGGGCCUCACCCGCUGCAAUCAUGGAGGAGCUCGAACAUGCCAAUGCCGAAGUUGCUCGCCUGACUGCCGAACUGGAAGUCUUUGCCCUCCGCUUGUCUGAAGAGACUGCUCGACGUAAAGCAGCUGAAUCAUCAUGGGCCGCAGCAGAAGACCACUUGGUGGACUUUGAACAAGAAAUCCGCGACGAGUGCUACCACGAAAUGGAAGCAGCAGUCGACCAAGAACGCCGCAGAUGGCAAACCGCACUAGAGAACGAACAGGACAACCAACAAGCCCACAUCGACUCAAAAAUCGACGUAGUAAUCCGCGCAACAAAAGCCUCAAUGAAGCAAGACAUCAAAGUAUACGAAGACCCGGACCCGGAGCUAAGAGAUCGCGUCGAGGAACUAGAACGAGAAAACGAAAUGCUAAGAGCCAAACUCGAGGCUCAUGAACGCGAGACACAACAACGAUCUGCGAGUCCCAUCAAGAGGAUGAGGGUGCUUAAAGCGAAAAGGUGGGCGGAUCCGAGCGCUUAUGCCAUGGAUGAUGAAUGA